AAAUCAAUACUUCAUUUACAGACGAGUUCUCAAGACAAGGCUAUUAAAGCGUUUUGUUUGCUGUUACGAGUGCAAUGUAUAGAACUCCAAAUGAAAUGUAACUGUGAAGUCAGUAUGGUACUGUACGACUUAGAAUCAAAGCGGCAUAUAAGGUCUUUGUCGCACAUGAUUUCUGCAUUCUUCGUUUUUCAGGAUUUCAGUCAAAGUGAUAUUGGGAGACGUGUGGUGUUGAUCACUCGUGUAGCACACAUUGCUCCAUUAGAGCAUUCUUCCUCCACAUUGAAAAGAAAUCAAGAACCUGCUCCGGCGAACUUUAAUUGUCGUCAAGUUUUUGCCUACGAUUUCUUCGAUGUUAGUUCUAUUUUCUCUAAUCCACAACCGUCGCACGAUGCAAAGGAUAAAGUUAUUUUUUUAAAUAAGGAUCAGAACUUCGACCAGUCGUUGAAAUAUCUCCAUACUAUAGGGAAAGUUCCGAAAGGGAAUACAUCGUCAGAUGAUGCUAAAAUACUCGUUUCAACUCAAGUAUUCACGAAUACGCUGUCGGAAUUGAGAUUGAAGAGGCCAUACUUGUUCACUAGAAAUCCACCAACAAUUGUAAAGCGUUGCGAUUAUGCUGAACCGGCUUCUGGUGAUGUACGCAACGACUUAUACGUCGAUUUAAUGUACGGAGAAUUUUCUGGGAAGUCAUCGGAUAGAAAUAUAGAGGCCCGUUUGCAUCUAGUCAAUGGAAGUGGUCAUGUUAGUUUUGAAAUUCUGCGCCCUAAUGCAGUUAAACUGUCAUCUGACUACGAAAGUUUUGUGUAUGUUCACGAGGACAAGCCUUUUUGGUUCGAAAACGUCAAGAUUCGCUUGCCGGAAAACAUCAGUGAGGAUCUGCAUCUACGAAUAACGUUCUACUCAAGGAAACCAUACGACAAAGGAAAGCCACAAAAAGGUCCAUUUGCUCUAGCUCAUAUUCGACUCAUGUGCAAAUCAGUUCUAGUUCCGGAUGGUGAUCAUGAGUUGCUUGUUUACAAGAUUGAAUCAUCGCAUUAUGACGAUAAUAACACUGCACAUUACAGUGUACUACGUGAUUUGGGAAACACCAUCAACAAGCCGCAUUCAUCCGUCUUCUCAUUGAGUGAAAAGAGCGUUGUGGCUAUCAACACGUUCACUUGCUCUACGUUGUUAACUCAAAACGAGCACAUUUUGAGCGUGUUAGCAUGGAGGCCAAAUUUGAACACUUCACUCAACGUGCUGGCGGCGCCUUUUGGCGAUCUGCAAGAUGAGAUGGUGCGAUUCCUGUGUACACUGCUCGACGCAUUGUUCGAGCUAUGGGAGGAACGUGAACAACUUGAACUACCUGUAUUCGAUGUCAUUGUCACAUUACUAAAAUUGACAGAUGAACAGCGCUACAGUUGGAGUGUGGAGCUAUUGAAGAAAUACCUUGACAGAUUCCCAUUCUGUAACGCUGCGCUAAAAUUAAUGAGAUGCUUAAAUCACUACAUUGCAAGUGCUUCUACGGAUAAUAAUGAAAAGACCCGUAAUGCUUUGAAGGUGAUGGGUCACAUUUUUCGAGUAGUAAUUCAGUCGAAGAAAAGUAAUAACAGGUACGAUCAUUCUCGUUUUUCUUCAAAAUUUGAAGAACGAAUUGUCUUUUCUUUACAGUUUUUUGUUCUGGAUUCGCUGGUCCACCUGAUGGGUGAAGCUAGAGAGAGAAUGACGGUACAAAAUACGGCUCUUAAACACCUGUCGACUAUUGUUGUUCCAAUUUGCGCUAGCGGGUCAUUCGAACCACCUGAACUUUGCAAAUUUUUCGUUCGUGUCAUUAAUGCUUUUGGGAAGAAUAUCGUUGCACGUGAGCGUCUUGGACUCGUUUCGCAAUUGAUAGAUACUCAGUUAUUUGAGUUGCACUCCUGUCGUUUGAUUCUGCUGCCACAUUGUAUCGAUUUGAUAUUGGUACAGUUGGAUCCUGAUACAAGUGAUGAGCGUGAGUUUCCAGACAGGGCUGUGGAAUGUGCUUCUAUUAUCAGCAAUCUUGUAGAGCGACUCUUUCCAGCAAAAUAUGGUACAGAUGAGGAGCUAAAUUUAAUUAUUAACGCAACCUAUAGACCUUUAGUAUUUGCUAUGGUUAACGUUGGACAACAUCAUUCAACGAAUGAUGAAAUCAGGGCUCGAUUUUUUUCCCUUAUUCUUGCAUUGCUCAACAAAAUGUCUGCCCAAAUAUUUGGAAAUUACAUCGAGAAUCGGCCAAAUGAUAUCGAUAAAAUGGACUUUAUCCUGGAAAUGUUGCAGAUGAUUAGAGACCUGCUCUGUAAAUGUCCCUUUCCGUCCACAUGGCAGCAAAUGAUUAUGUUACAAAAUAAGACCAUUCAUAAGGCACUACGUUUUCUUAUGAGUGCCAUACAAGGAUAUUUUUCAAACGAAUGCGAGGGAUUUUAUUCAGAUGAGUAUAUGCUGACAGCUGUAUGUUUUGUGACACAGCCAUCGCUACAAUCAAGCGACGAAUGGUUUCAUGAUGAUGCCGAUGCGCGUGUCCAGCUCCGAAAAGCAGCCGCUCGUGAUCUGCGCUCGAUGUGGUUCCGUCUGAAACCUCUGCAAAAAAUGGCAUACAUUCCUCGUCUUGUUGGGGCAUUUCUCAAAGUAGCUCUAGUUGAGGACGAUGAGACUCGGGAGGCUACAAUUCCUAUAUUCUUCGACAUGAUGCAGUGUGAAUUCCAUUCGUGCCUUGAUGAUCCGAAAAAUUUCAAGAAGUUCUCUGACGAACUAAUAACACAGCUAGAUAGCUUGGUUGAUCAAGAUCGUGGAACUAGAGCGUUUCAAGAGCAAUUUACAAGGAUUUUAACGAAUCAAUACAAAGAACUGUGGGAAGGUGGUGGUCGAGAUCUGAUAGACAGGGUUGAUCGCCUCCUAGGUCAUCUAUUCGAAUACAGAUUAGUGAGAGAAACAUCAGAUUGCAUGGAGAAUGCUAUGAGUAGAACUGUUCAAUUACUGAGGUACUAUGAAAAGUACAAGCACCAUCAUCUCUACAUCACUUACGUGUACAAGCUUUAUGAUCUUCAUAUGCUAUAUAAUAACCAGAUAGAAGCUGCCAGAACACUCAUGCUUCAUGCAAAUACACUGAGUUGGGAGGAUACUGAAAUAGAUGAGUCACUAGUUUCGAGGCGGCUGAACCGACAUUGCGCUGUCGAAAGGCAGCUUAAAGAUAGCCUACUUUGUGAAGCGGCCGACCUUUUUGCAGAAGGGGAAAUGUGGGAAGAUGCUAUAAAAAUUCUGAAGGAGCUAUUGCCAGUUUAUGAGACCACUUAUGUUGACUACGAUAAGUUGGCUUCGCUAAUGGUUAGAAUCGCUGAACUGUAUCGGAAAAUCGAUCGGGAAAAUCGUGCUUUUUUCUAUUACUACCUUGUAGCAUUCUACGGAAAAGGCUUUCCUAGUUACUUAAAUGGAAUUAGUUUUGUCUUCCGAAGUGACAAACUGGAGCGUCAUGCUGAUUUCAUGCAACGGAUGCAACAGAUCUACGGAGGAGCUGAAGCAAUUAUGUCCAUGGAUGAUUGUACACACUUGAAAAACUCGCCUGGGCGUUUUAUGCAGGUAUUCAAUAUAGACCCAAUAUCCACUUUAUGCCCUUUCGAGGACAUCCAUGUCAAUCCAUCUAUAAAAGACUAUUACCGUCACUACAACAUUCGAGAUUUUGAGUACAGUCGCGUAGAAGAACGAAAGGAUACAAAAUGGACUACUGUUAAAGACUCCGAGCUCAUGCGCACUUGGAUCGUAAAACGGACCGUUGUCACAUACGAGCGAUUGCCAGGCAUUCUUAGAUCAACACAGAUAAUCUCAACUUCACCUCCCAUGUAUGUUUGCCCGUUGCGCCGUUCUGUGGAUCAAAUGCAACAAAAAAACACCGAACUGAUGGAGACUGCCCUUCUUGUAUUAUUGGAUCGUGUACACGCAGUGAAGAAAUUAUCUGGAGAAAUUCUAGGGGUAGUGUGUUCUUCUCCGACGAAUGUCAGGUAUGUUUUCAUUCUAAACACACUUUCUAUUGAUGUAGAAAUAUUGGAAUUUUGCUUAUACGCUCACGGAUCAAGGGUUGAAAUAACGAAGCAAUUCCACGACCAUCUGGUCGAAGGAUUCUUGGAGCAUAGGCAAUACAUUGAGGACAAAUUUGGAAGAACUCGAUCUAUUCUACCACCUGGAGCUUCCAUACAAUAUUCCCUCGACGGUUGCGAUAGUGACUCUGGCAGAAAGGUUAUCUCGAGCAGUUCACUAGAUGCUGGGUGGGUGUGUCUUGCAAAUGCAGGAAAUAGUUUGACAUUCAUUAAAUCAAGCAGUCAAGCGACAAGGAACAAUAUUUCGUCAUCUUCUAAUUUGUUAGAGUACCACUAG